CGCCCUGCGCGCAGUCCCUGCGCCCCGCUCAGCCCGCGCCUCGCUGUUCGCGCCGCGCCUCGGGCGUCCAGAGCGCGCCCCUCGCACCGCAUCAAGCGCCGCCCGCGGCAGCCCAGCCCCAGCCUUCCUCCUCCUCCUCUUCUUUCUCCUCCUCCUUCUCCUCCGCCGCCGGACACGCAGCCGCAGGCCGGGGCCGGGACGCAGCUGGGGAGUCAGGGACGCGCGCAGCCAGCCCUUCCCCCUCCGGCUCCCGCACCGCCGGCCGCCUCCCCUCGCCCUCCUCCUCUCCCCUCCCUGCUCCUUCGCUUCUCCUCCUCCUCCUCCUUCUCUCCCAGCCCAGGCUGCCAGCACCAUGUCCGCAGGGGGAGAUUUUGGGAACCCACUGAGAAAAUUCAAGUUGGUGUUCUUGGGGGAGCAGAGUGUCGGGAAGACGUCUCUGAUCACGCGGUUCAUGUAUGACAGCUUCGACAACACGUACCAGGCAACCAUUGGGAUUGACUUCUUGUCAAAAACCAUGUACUUGGAGGAUCGUACGGUGCGACUGCAGCUCUGGGACACAGCCGGCCAGGAGAGGUUCCGCAGCCUGAUCCCCAGCUACAUCCGGGACUCCACGGUGGCUGUGGUGGUGUACGACAUCACAAAUCUCAACUCCUUCCAACAGACCUCUAAGUGGAUUGAUGAUGUCAGAACAGAGAGGGGCAGCGACGUCAUCAUCAUGCUGGUGGGCAACAAGACGGACCUGGCCGACAAGAGGCAGAUAACCAUCGAGGAGGGGGAGCAGCGCGCCAAAGAACUGAGCGUUAUGUUCAUCGAGACCAGCGCCAAGACCGGCUACAACGUGAAGCAGCUCUUCCGACGUGUGGCCUCGGCUCUGCCUGGAAUGGAGAACGUCCAGGAGAAAAGCAAAGAAGGCAUGAUCGACAUCAAGCUGGACAAACCCCAGGAGCCUCCGGCCAGCGAGGGUGGCUGCUCCUGCUAAUGCAGCCUGACCGCAGGCUUCCUUUAACACUACUCGCUUGUUGUGUUGCUUCCUAUUGGUUAGCUUCCUAAGGGGGGUGGGAGAUGAGCUUAUCCAGAUGGGAGGAUUUUUCUUUUCUCUCUGUCUCUAGGAGUUGGGUGGGAUGGGGAGGGAGGCUGGGCAUCAGGGAUCACGUCACUCUUAACAGCUGUUACUUAAACAACUAUUUUUUGGUUUGGUUGUAAUAUAUUGUACUUUAUUAAGAUUGCCAAAAACUGUUAAAAUUAAAAAAAAAUUUAAACCAUGUGUAUACAACUUUUUGCCAGAUAAAAAUGUAGUCAUUUUUAUUUGAAAGAUGUGCUUUUUUGUUUUUGUAUAUUUGUAAACUUACAGAGAACCUUUUCCACACACCUCCUCCUUCCUGUCCUCUUUGAACGGUUCAUCACCUCUGCUCUCCUCCCACCCCCAGACCAAUACAUUUAAACAAUUAACUGGGCGAUUUAAUUAGGUUCCAAUCCCCGGGCUGUCUGGCCCAGACCAACCAGCAUCCACCAAACAGGCCCUACCUGGUUAAAUCAAACACUGAUUGAAUGAAACAGCCUCUGAAGAGGCAGCAGUGACUCUGUCCUUCUUCCAUGGCCAGAGUGGGGCAUUAGUCACGGCCCCGAGCUGAAAUUAAGGCCUUGUGAACUGCAGGGGGCCCAGCCGCAGGCCCACUGGAAUUAUUUCUGCCUCUUUCCCCUCCCUGAAAAGCCUUGAGAGGGCACUCGCCACAGGCAACCUUCCACUCUCUGUGGUCCGCCUAGUGAUUGGCAGAACAAGAGGUCAUGGGAAGGAAGGAAGGAUGGGGUGCUGUUGGCAACUGUGGGCUGGUUUAUAGACUGGGGGCACCAUGUGUAGUUCUGAAAAUGUUUUAGCCAACCUGUCCAGCGAUCAGCACACACAUCUGGGUUGCAGGGAAGGGAAGGGCAAACGGAAUCUCAGUGUGUGCCCCCUGAAGCCCUCCUCCUUGGGUGCCAGGAAAGCUGGAGCCUGUAUCACACAGUAUUGGCCCGUCUGUGAUUGGGGAAGGGAGGGUCUGCAGAACUGCCGCCUGGAAGAUGCAUGUUUGCCACCUUGGUUGCUAAUACUGUUGAUGCUGUUCUGCAAAAGCUGACUUCUUGACGUGUUUCUGCCACUCUGGCACAGUGCAGUUGAAACCUUUGUGCACAGACCUUUGCAGCUAUUGUAGCAGCACUCUGCUUGCCUGAGGGUAGGGCUGAAGUGGGGUCCCCAGAAGGCUUCCCAGAGAGACGUCCUUGCCAUGUUUGACUCAUUUCUGAGAGGACUUAGACCUGAGGACCUAUCUGUAAAAUCUCUGAAGAGAACUCUCUCUUUCACUAAGUGAUGUAGCCUGCUUGGCCAGCAUUCCAAAUAGACCCAGACUCACCACCCCUGAGCUGGCCCAAAGCCAGGCAGUGGGCAGCCACUCUGGCCAAAAUCGGUAAGCCCUGCCCUCCAAGCCGGCAUUGACUCUUCCUCCAGGCUGCUAUUGGGCUUGUCAUAAUUGAGCUAAAUGACCAUCUGGGGUGUGGUAGGGGGUAAAUUCCUCCAUAAAGCAGGGCUCUGACAAGUUAUUGCAAUGAAUUUGGAACUUCUCAGAAACUAAUCCAAACUGGCAGCCUGUAAGUGCAGCAGGACCUGGCAGGACUCAUUGAUAAGUUGUCCAGUGGGUCUGUCACACACUCAGCUAAGGAGAGACUGUGUGUCAGAGCUGAUCUUUAGAGAGGAGUGUAUCUUCGGGUGAAGAAAAGAGGAAGCAGGAUUCCCACUGAGCUCCUCUUCCAGAAGGCAUAGACCAAUGUACGAACGUAAUUCCAGUGUCAAGUGUUGAGUUUUUAUAUGUGUGUACAUAAUUAUAUAUAGAGAUAGAUUUGUGUAUACACCUUCCACACACACAUUCUCACAGAGAUUCAUGUGCUCAAUGUAUAUUCUUGUUCUUCCUCCUCUCAAGUUGGAACUUGCAUUGUGAUAACAGUUUUGGAAAUUCAAAAGUACUGCAACGUGUUGAAAUAAGAAAUACUUAAUAUUGUCCCAAAACUUGUGAUUGUCUUGCCAUCAAUAAAAUACUGCAUAGAUUUGUUAACUACAGGCAAAA